AUGCUGAUGCUUGCUGGUUCUACACUACAAUUAGCUCUUGAACUUUCACAUCCUUUUUAUCGUUAUGGUUAUGGAUUACCACUUUAUCAUAUUAUAAAUGGUGGCCGACAUCUUUUAUUUAAUUCAUACUCAAAUUUUCGUCUUAAUGUUGGUGUGUUGCUCGCCUAUUUUAGUACCCUAUGGCUAUUAGCAUUUGGUACGGGAAUUUUUUGGAUUAAAAGACAACAAAAAAAGGCUGCUCAACAAGUUCAACAAGUCAAAACUGAAAAACAAUAA